GUUUACAUCAGCGCUAUAGAUUGGCUGCAUUAUAACUGGUGUAUCGCUCGAGCGCAUGCCAGGGCAGCGGGCAAUCCGCUGAAUCCAACAGCCGACAGCCGACAGCUUUCGCGACGAGCGUUGCCCUACAAUUAUAAAUUAAUAAUUUGUAGCACCAUUGUAUAUUGCUUGAUACCGCAUGCACAUGCACUCUAAGUGAGACAGGGAAAAGAGCCCUCUCGCAAAGAAGCCUGGCGGGAAGCAUCCUUGAGAAUCCUGCAUUCAAUCCAUGCCGCCAAAAAAAGCUAAACCCAGGUUCUUGGAUGACUACGGUCCCGAGCCACAGCAAGACCGCGGAAAGGACCCGCCCAUUGAGCACCCCGCUGGCGAUGCACACUUCAAUGUCACGGUUCGGAGCGGCACGGCCCCUCAGCGCCAACACGCCCCGUUGGCCGAGUUCCCAGGCCACAGCCCUCACGGCGCUUCCGUGGAGCCGCAGCCCCGCGACAUUAUGACCUCGGGAAGCAGCAGCCAGCCCACAGCCGCUGGUGGUGACCGCCUGGAGCUGGACGUGCUGACGGGGCGAGUAAGCGACGGCGAAACGCAUAUGUCGACCGGUGCUGCGGGCGCCUACAGUGGGCCCGCACCGCAAGCCGCGAGCAACAGCACGCGCUUGCAGACGCGCACGCGGGGCUCGCGCACCGAGCGGCCUGCCUCAGGCGGCGCUGUCUGCCUUGCUCCAGCCUCCGGCACCUCACAGGACUGCUACACAUGGGCUUACGUCAACCCCACCGCGGCAGCAGCGGCAGCCGCCGCCUCGUCCAUGCCCGCCACCGCCGCCGCCGCCGCAGCGUCAGGCCCAUCGCCGCAGCCGGUUGCUACCCCUGCUGGUGCAGCAGUGGCCUUGGCAGGGGGCGUCGCUACCGCCGCAUCAAUGCAGGCCGAUGAGGCGCCCAUAGACGGCCACAGCUGCCGCAGCGGCGCAGCUGACGACGCGGCGGGGGUGUCAGUUGGCAGGGCGGCGGAGCGGUCCGCGGGCGGCGGGCCCGGCCCCGGCAGCGAGCGGGACCGCAAGUGCGGCGGCGGCAGCGUUAGCAGCUGCAUGAGCACUGGUGCGGCCGGCUGCGGGCAGGGCAGCAUUGUGCGGGAGGUCACUGGCCAGGAGCGGGAGCGCCUGUUGGCGGCCGCGGGUUUCGUGCUCACGGGGGGUGCUGCAGGCGGCGCCGAGGGCAGCGGGGCCGCAGGACCGCAGCAACAGCAACAGCAACUGAAGCAGCAUCCGGAACACCAACCGCAUCAGCGGCGGCAUGAGGGCCCGGGCAGCUGGCAGCAGCCGCUGGCCGCCGAUGCGGUGGUGUUCGUGUGCGACCUGGACGCCGUCACGGCCCUGGGCGAGCACAUGCGGCGCAGCGGCACCUGCCCCGCCGCGCUGCGAGACCUUACCGGCUGCGACUUCGCGGUCUUUGCCCGCCUGCCGCCGCCGCGGCCGCAGCCGCCGCCGCCGCAGUCACCGCCGUCACCAAAAGGCGCGGGCAAGAGCAGCAACAGCACGGAGGGCGGGAAACGCAAGGGCGGGGGCAAGGACGGGCGCCGGCGCAAGGGCCGGGGCAAGAAGUCGGCAGCCGUGGAGGCGGCGGUGGUGGAGCCGCUGCCUGUGGCGCCGGGCGAUCGCCUCACGCCGCUGGUGGUGUGCCGGCAGGCGCCGGCAGACGGCGCGCUGGCGCCGAAGCUACAGCAGGCGGUGGAGGCGUUCGAGCAGGGGGCGGCGGGCGGCGUCUUCAACACGCAGCGGCGCAGCGCCAACAAGACGGCGGCGGUGGUGGCGGAGCAGCCGGUGCAGGCCAGCGGGAGGGGAGGCGGGCGGAGAGGAGCCGGUCAGCGGCAGCUGAGGCAGGUGCGGGUGGCGCCGCCGCCGCUGGGUACCACCGGCAUGGUGUGGGCCAAGACCACGCCCACCGCCGCGCCCGGACUCUACGCGCACCUGCUGGAGCCCACCAAGGGCCCGGCGCGUGUGGCGCGCAUGCGGGAGGUGAUGGCGGCGGCCUCGGCGCUGCUGGAGGCGCAGCACCCGCGCCACAUGACCCUGCUGCGGGAGCACGGCAGGGGCAGGGAGCACCACGGCGCCGGCACGGGGCCGUUCUGCUCCAUGUCUUACACACUCAACUACUACAACCGAGUGCACUUCGACCAGGACGACCCGGCUCUGUCCUUCAUCACCUGGCUGCUGGUGGGCGCCGGCGAGCUGUGCGGCGGCGCCUUCCGCCUGGGCAACCUGCACCUGCGCUUCACGCCGCUGCACGGCACCACCCUGCUGCUCAACACGCGGCUGGUGGCGCACGGCACCGAGCCCUGCGCCACCCUGUCCGGCGACCUGCGCCGCCUCGGCUCCGCGGCCUGGGUGCGGCACUGCGUGGUGGCGGCGGUGGAGCGCUGGCGCGUGGGCGCGCGGAAGGAGUUCACACGCAACCGGCCCAAGGCGUUCAGCGACCCGGAGGCGUACGCGCUGUGGCGUGUGCGCAAGGCGGCGGAGCUGGACCGGGCGCACAAGGCGGCGGUGGCGCGGCACGAGGCGGAGCCGCGGCCGCGGGGCAGUCCGAGCGAGGCGACGUUGAUGCGGCGCAGCAUUAUGGCGUGUGGCGACAAGGCGGCAGAGGCGCUGUUCGACUGGGAGGUGGUGCGCGAGGCGGAGGGGUGCUGGGAUGUGGUCCAGCUGCCGGGGCCGGAGGGGCUGGGGGAGGAGGGGAUGGAGGCAGAGGCGGAGCCGGAGGCGGCGGGGAAGCUGCUGGGCGGCAGCGCCGCGGCGCUGCAGGCGGAGAAGCGGCAGAAGAGGUGCAAGUCGGUGGCGCCGGUGGCGCGUCGGAAGAGCAAGCGGAAGCAGGCUGAAGCCGAGGCGGCGGAGGUGGCGGUAGGGGCGGGCGCGGUGCAGCGGGCCCGCGGGGCUGCCGUGCGGCAGCCACAGCAGCAGCAGCUGGUGGCGUUGACGCCGGCAGAGGCGGUGAAGCAGCGCAAGCGGAAGCAGGUGGAGGCGGUGGCGGAGGUGGCGGUGCAGCCGGUGGGGGAGCGCCGGGGCGUGUCGUCGGCCAAGCGCGCCCGCGGAUAAGGCCCUGCACGCGGGCCCGGCGUAGGAAAGAGGUCGCAGCAGAGUCUUGCCGUUGCAGUGUUCAAGCGCCUUGACAGCGGGCAAGUGCUGCUGGGGGCCCAGCGGAGGUGGCUGUUGCGGUCAGUGGUGGUGGUGGUGGCUGGCCGCAGCAGAUGCCCGCAUGGUGCCGCAUGUGCUGCAGCUUUGUGUCGAGUAAGGGAUGGUGGCUUUGCGUUGAAUUGGGAUGUGUGAGAUGGUUGGUGUGUGCGUGGGAGGCGUCUGUCGUACUGUGGCGUGUGUUGCCUGGUGUGCUGGACUGGCAGGCGGCGUUCACAUAUGUUAGUCGCGUACGGUAUGCGCAUAGCAGAGCUAGUGCUGUGUGUUGCUGUAUCAGUUGACUGGGGGUUGCGAGGGGCACACGGCAGUGAACAACGGCGGAAACAUUCGCUUGCGCGCAGGGGUGCCUGCUUGCGCGACCUUUUGCGCGCCCGCUCUGGAUGGGGUAACCUGUGUUCUGAUAACGCAUCAGAACCGACUACGUGACACCUUUAUCGGCAAAGCUUUCAGGUUAUAAAGCGGUGCAGGAAGGCAUGGAACAACACGUCGAUUCUAAUUUCUAGCGAUGCAACGCCGACCCGCGUCGUUCGCCAGACAUCACAAGCCCAGUGCAUUCCUGGUACUUAUUUGCAGUUUUAGAAUGCACAGUUGGGGACCUGGAGCUGAACUUGCUUGAUGUGACUGUUGGUGUGCCCGCGGCAACCCGGCGAGGGCGCGCAGCAAAUGAACGGAGCUGUCCUAUGCAAGGAGAAGCAGUGGAACUCCAUACGCCUUAUAACCAUGUUACGAAGGGUUCUCACCAGUCACAUCAGCCGCUGCGGGAAGAAGCGUUAGGACUGCCGAAGGACUUGCGUUCUUGCAAUAGAGGCUGUUGGGGGCUUACACGGAAUUCAGCAAA